UUCCAGCUGAUCUCGCGUUCGCUUCUCCGGCGGUGUUGGGGCACACAUGUGAAAGUUGUGGUUCAGUUUCCGCGUCGUUGUCCUCCGCUGUGGAUACGCUAGUGCUGCUUCCACUCUGCCCUCCUGCCGGGAAAACAGCAGCGAACAUUUCAGAUGUUGGCCGAGUUCGCCGGCACCGCGCAUGACUUGGACGCCAAGGUCCAAGAGUUCGAGGUGGAGGACUGGUCCUCCGCCGGCGACGUCAAGUACCACCUCGGUGCGAGGGAGCCCCUCCCCCCCCCCGCGCGCACCCCAGGCGAACCCCUCGCACCUGGGAAGCGUGGGCCCCGUGACGCUGGGCCGGACGAAGGCGAAGCAGUAUUACAUCGGCGACGACCCCGAGGAGAAGCUGGCCGCAUGGUCAUGCCCGUCAUCAUUCAUGGGGACGCCGCGUUUGCAGGACCGACAAGGUGUUGUGUACGAGGCCAUGCAGCUCUCUGGCGUUGUUGAUUUCAACGUCGGUGGCACCAUCCACGUCAUCAUCAACAAUCAGGUUGGCUUCACAACAGCCCCCGAGAACGCAAGAUCCACCUUGUACUGCUCGGACCUCGGCAAGGCCUUCCGGCUGCCCAUCUUCCACGUCAACGGGGACGAUCCAAUGGCGGUGGUGCGCGCUUUCGAGCUCGCCGCCGAGUGGCGUCAGGACUGGGGGGAGGAUUGUAUCGUUGACGUUGUCUGCUACAGGCGGUUCGGCCAUAACGAGAGCGACAACCCAGAGUUCACCCAGCCAUUGCUGUAUCGGGAGAUCAAGCGGCACAAGAGGACAGAGGAGAUCAUGGCCCAGAGGCUCGUCGAAGAUGGUCACGCGACAGCGGACCUGCUCGACGCGAUCAAGGCAGGGGUCUGGAGCCAGUACGAGAAAGAUUUCGAGGCGGCGCGGACGUACAAGCAGAGACCGACAUCGCAUUGGGUGCCGACCAAGUGGCAGGGCAUGCGAUCCCCCAACGAGGUCUCCCAGAGAAUGCCCACGGGUGUGGACGCGCGCCUGCUGAGGGAGAUCGGGCUGCGAUUGUGCGACGUGCCCGCCGGCUUCGAGCUCCACGGCAGCCUCACGCGGAUCCUGAAGGCCAAGCGCCAGCGCAUCGAGGACGGCCGCGGCCUGGACUGGGCCACGGCGGAGAGUCUCGCCGUCGGCUCGCUGCUACUCGAGGGCUGCCACGUGCGGCUGACGGGCCAAGACGUGCAGAGGGGCACCUUCUCGCAUCGCCACUGCGUCGUCCACGACCAGGUCAACGGCGCGGAGUACACCUUUCUCAACGAGCUCCACCUCGGCCCGCAGGAGACAUUCGUGGCCCGCAACUCCAUCCUCUCCGAACUGGCCGUGCUGGGCUUCGAGCUCGGCUACAGCUACGAGAGCCCGAACGCGCUGUCGAUCUGGGAGGCGCAGUUCGGGGACUUCGCCAACAAUGCCCAGGUCAUGAUCGACCAGUUCGUGUGCUCGGGCGAGCACAAGUGGCUGCAGCAGUCGGCCCUGACGAUGCUGCUGCCGCACGGCUACGACGGGCAGGGUGCCGAGCACUCGUCCUGCCGCCUGGAGCGGUUCCUGCAGCUCUGCGACGACGACGAGGACGACGUGCCUCUUUUCACGCAGGAUGGCAACCUAAAGGCAAUCCAGAAGGCAAACUGGCAGGUCAUGAACCUGACGACGCCUGCGAACUACUUCCACGCCCUGCGCCAGCAGCUGAAACGGGACUUCCGGAAGCCGCUCGUGCUCGCCGCGCCCAAGGCGCUGCUGAGACACAAGGCGUGCACCAGCAGCCUGGAGGACAUGGGCUACGGGUCCAGCUUCCAGCGCCUGCUGGGCGAGAGGGACCCCGCCAUCAAGAACAGCCCGGAGAGGGUUGACCGCCUCAUCUUCUGCUCGGGCAAAAUCUACUUCGAGCUGCUCGCGGCGCGGACGAGGCUGGGCCUGACCAAUGUGGCGCUGGUCACCGUGGAGCUCAUCGCCCCGUUCCCAUUCGACAAGGUCCGGGACCAGAUGAAGCUGUACAGCAACGUUCAGCGGGGCGACGGGGUGUACCCUGGCAACAUCAUCUGGUGCCAGGAGGAGCCGAAGAACAUGGGGGCCUGGGCGUACGUGCGGCCCCGCAUGGUGUGCGUCGCGCGCGAAGCGCUGGGCGCCGCCCUCGUGCUCCGCUUCGUGGGCCGGCGCGCCGCCGCGGCGCCGGCCACGGGGCUCGGGAAGCUGCACGCCAUGGAGCAGCAGGCCCGGGCCGGCCUGCGCCCGCGCGGUUCUGCCGGGGGCACGCGUCGCCGCGAGGGCUCCGGGUGGCAGUGCGAGGGGGAGGCGCAGCGGGCCAUCCGCUGCGACGAGGCGCUCUCGACGACGGGGCGCAGCGGCCCCAGAGCGCUCUCGACGAGGCGCAGCGGGGGCGAGGGGGCGCAGCACCUGGCGCACGGGGGGGGGCAGCGGGGAGCGCACGGGGGCGCACCGACGUGGCCAGUAAACGGGCCGCGCGCGAUCGACAAGAACGGCAUAAGCCGGAAGGGAAGCGCCCCCGCGCUGCUCUGGAGAGCGAUCUCGGAGCCUGCUGCGGCGCGGCCCGUGCAGAGCCCGGCCCGUGUGCCGCGGCCCCGCGCUCGGAGGAUGGCGCCGGGGAAGAAGAGCGGCGUCGCGCCGCGGCUCGUGCGCGGCUGGUCCGGGAAGGUGUGCAUCCCGGAGACCACACUGGCCGGGAAGCACAAGAGCGCCCUGUGCAACCCCUCCAUCGCGGGCAUCAGGCACCUGAGGACCGACCUGCAGAGGGUUGACGACCUCGAGAAGUUGGACCUGAAGUACCGGUUCCUGAGCCUCGAGGAGAAACCAAGAUCCUCGCCGAGGGCGUCGCUGGGAACACGGGGCUGCGCUCGCUCAACGUGA